AUGGGAACAAUUGAAUUAUUUCACUUAAUCAUUGGUUCUAAAAGAUUUGCAAGACAAUGGGUGAAAGUACAACGUUUCUUUUUCAAGAAUGAUGAUAAGGACACUAGAAAUUAUGAUCAAGUUAAGAAGAAGGUAUUUAGGAUUGAAAAAGACACCAAGCUUAAAUUGCAAAACUUAACAUUGGCAGAAACUGGACUGCAAUUGAAAAUUACUGAAUCUAACUCUAUUAAUGAAGAGUCUAUUAGUAUUUAUAAUAAGGUUUCAAUAACCGAAGAAGAGUUUCAACAAAUCUAUGAACCUAUUAUUAAGUAUUUUGGCCUAGACCAAGCCAUCAUGAUUACUAAAUUUAAUAUGACGGAUACAACCUACAAGUAUAACAACAAGACCUUUACCUAUAUUAAAGGGGAUUAUUCUAAUGAAAUUACUUCUACUAUUAAUAUUUCUACUAAUAAUGUAAUAAAUUCAUUGCUACUAAGUGAUGAACCCAUUGUAAUUCAAUUAAGUGAAUUAUUCAAUAUUUUCAAUAAUCAAUCGAUUGAUGGUAAUAAUGAAUCACUUGAUCAAAAUGAUAUUAAGGAUUUUUAUAAUAUGGAAGAAAGAAAGAAUUAUUUUCAAAGUAUUGAUUUAACAUGUAAAAAAUCCUUAAACUUGAAACAAAUGAAUCAUAUUGGUAAAGUGAAGAAGAUUUGUAAUGUUAUAAGUGAUGAUUCUAUUGAUAUUAAUAAUUCUAUUGACAAUAUCAAAUUAAUCCUUCAUUUAAAGGAAACAAAUGUAUUGGAUGAUUAUAAAUCCAUUAUUAUUCAAUUAAAUAAUUCAAAAGAAAUAGUUAACGAAUGGUUUCAAUUUGAUAAGUUUAAAAAGGACGAUUUUAAAAUUGCUUCCUUAAAGACUAAACUUCAACUUAUCAACUAUUCUAUUAAAAAAAAAUUUAAACUUGAAAAGAAUAGAUAUUUUGGAAAAAACAUUCAACUAUUCUAUCCUCGUAACAAUGAACAAUUACAAUUCUUUCAAAAGGAAAUUGAAUUCAUUACAAGAAUAUUCAAUCUUCCAGAAAUGUUAUCCAUCUACGAUAAUAACAGUGAGAAUGAAUUGUAUUCUGAUAAUUUUCAAUUUCCAGAUGACACACCCUGUAUUUACAUUAUGGUAAUAUUUGUUAAAGGAAAGUUUUACUUUCAAUUUGGUGAAACUUCUUCUUGGAUUCGUAGAAUGAAUAGUUAUGAUACUGGUGCAGAAAGAUUAAUUGAAAAACUAUUGAGAAUAUGUGAUUUUGCAUUUUCUCUUCCUCUAAAGGUCAAUAUAUUGGGAAAGAAUGACCGUUUAAUAAUGGAAGCCAAUUAUAUUGCUCACUAUUUAAAACAAAAUAAUAGACUAACACUAUUGUUAGCCAAUAACAAGUUGGAAUCUAAAAUGGACAUUGUUACUUCAAAUAAUGAUGAUUCCAAGUUUUAUAGAUUAUGUACAACUGGUAUCUUACUAAAAUCCAUUAACAAGUAUAUUAGAUAUGGUAAUGAUCGUAUUUCAUUUAAAUUUCUUCCCUUUCUUGAUAGAAAUCAAGAACUCUUAUUAAGAAUUAAUAUGAAUACCUUACUAUUAGAGAAUCUAGUAAUUUGGUUACCUUGUCUCAACAUCAUGUCAUCAUUAAGGCAAAGAAUUGUUACACCAAAGAAGAAUACAACAACUUCAUCCACCUCAGCUCCUUCUUACGCUACUGCAAGGAAAAGGGCUAAGAAAACUUCAAGUGAUUCAUCUGAAUCCCGUGUUGAUAAUAACAACAAUGAUGCUGACAAUAACAAUGAUGCUGACAAUAACAACGAUAUUGGCAGCGACAACGACGUUAGCAGCGACAACAAUACCAACAACAACAUUGAGGCUGAGGUUGAAUUAGCUACUCCCAAUCUUCUUGAAGGUAGCAACAUGGAGGAACCUUCUAAGCCUUCAUUGAAACGUAAAGUUUCUUACAGUUCAUCUUUUAAGCAGAUGAUUAUUGAUGCUUAUAAAGAUUUAUUUAAUGUCAACCUCAAUCCAUCCAUGGAUGAAGCUGAUCUUUACGCAGAACUUGUUAUUGCUAGCUCGGAAGGUUAUGAUGAUGAAGCUGAUUUAGAAUCAAGAUUUAAAUACUUGCAAAAGCAAUUCUCUUCCGUCCUUCAGCUAAGAGACGCUCCUUUCCAGAAUAUGCCUGCCAUUAAAACAGAAGGUUAUAAACUUCUAUUUGAUAGAAUCAACAUGAUUAAGAAUACAGUUGACUCUGUAAGAUCAUCCACUGAAUUCUCCUUGACAAACAUUUUGGAAGCUUUAGAAUUAUCAUCAAUUCUUUCCCAAUUUUGUUUAAUGAGUAUAAAAAUGGGAAUAGAAGAAAACUUCAAAGCUGCAAAGAAGUUUUGUGAUAAGUUUGAGUCAGGUGGUUCCAUCUACGAUAUCACAUCCAAAACUAGAGAAAAGUGUAUUAAGAAAGCAAGGGGAUCCUCUAGA